AUGAACUUGACCGACAACUCGAUGUGGACGCUAGUCGAGGAAGCUGUCAUUGAAGACAGGGGUGAGGACGAGGAGGAGGUUCUGGCGCAAAUGGUACGCUCGUAUCUCGCGCGGAGAGGCCUGACAGACACUCUCGCCGCCUUUGACGAGGAGCACCAGUCCUACAGGGGCUUAUCGACGGCUCCCCACAAUCGCGAUCCGGAUGCACCCAAGUCGUCAGCGUAUGCGGGGGCUCUUGGCUCCACGUCGGCUGCAGAUCGUGCUCGUGCGAAUUCCGCUCCCCCUCGGGAUGAAACUAGCGCUGGGAUGGACAAACGCAAGGCAGCGCAGCUGCUCUGUCUGCAGAAGAGGUACGAGGCGGCGGCGGCGCUCAUGGAGCCCUCGUCACUUGCGCGCAUUCGCCUUCUGUGCAUUCAGGCGCAGAGCCUAGAAGACAGACCCGCGGCGGUCUUUUACCUGGCGACCCACGUCGCACCGCUCGUCCCGUUUUGCACUGAUCCUACGAUGGGUCACAGAGUGUACACCGCUGCGCUGAGUAACGUGCUAAGUCCGUGCCGUGAGAGGUCUAUUCCCGACACGGAGCUGCUCGCGAGGGAGGUGAACGAUGAGCUGUGCGGUCGUGAGCAGCGCAGUAGCCUUCACGUGUUGUUCAAUUGGGCGUACUGGCAGGAAACCUCGAACAGCGCCUGA